UGUGUUAUUAGCCUGCCUGAAUGCAUAGAGUUAAAUCAGAGGAAGCUGUAAAAGAGAAACUCCUAGGUAAAGAAAGAAUGGUGGAGACACUUGAAGUAAACAGAUUCAGAAGAGGUUAAGAUAACAGUGACUGAGCCAUUAAUUGGGAAGAAGCUAUUUACAUGGCUCCAUCCCUGCUAGAAUGCUUUAUUCUUCCUCAUGCUAAAACUAGGAUUAAAGGAGGAUACUAAAUCAUUGCAGAACCCCAGGCCUAUAAAAGGGAGUUUGUUGAGUGAAUUGCUAGGGAACAUCAGUGAGAGCUGACAGGAAUACAAAGACUUGCAAACUGAAAGGAGGAACUGAGAUUUCACCAACCCAAAGAUGGAGGGACCUGAUUUAGGUAACUUUCGCCAAAGUUGUCAAGGAAAGGAUUAUAGGGUAAAUUUUUCCAUAACCUUAUGGAGAAAAAGGACUUUGAAGCAUGGCUUGAUAACAUUUCUGUUACAUUUCUUUCUCUGACGGAACUGCAGAAAAAUGAAACUCUGGAUAACCUGAUUAGCUUGAGUGGAGCAGUCCAGCUCAGGCACCUCUCCAAUAACCUAGAGAUUCUCCUUAAGCGGGACUUCCUCAAACUCCUUCCACUGGAACUCAGUUUUUAUUUGUUAAAAUGGCUUGAUCCUCAGACCUUACUCACAUGUUGCCUCGUGUCAAAGCAGUGGAAUAAGGUCAUAAGUGCCUGCACAGAGGUGUGGCAAACUGCUUGUAAGAACUUGGGUUGGCAGAUAGAUGAUUCUGUUCAGAACCCUCUGCAUUGGAAGAAGGUUUACUUGAAGGCUAUUUUAAGAAUGAAGCAACUGAGAGACCAUGAAGCCUUUGAGACAUCCUCAUUAAUUGGACACAGUGCCAGAGUAUAUGCACUUUACUAUAAAGAUGGACUUCUCUGUACAGGUUCAGAUGACUUGUCUGCAAAGCUGUGGGAUGUAAGCACAGGGCAGUGCAUAUAUGGUAUCCAGACACACACUUGUGCUACAGUGAAGUUUGAUGAACAAAAGCUUGUAACAGGAUCCUUUGAUAACACGGUAGCCUGCUGGGAAUGGAGCUCCGGGACCAAGAUCCAACAUUUCAGAGGGCAUACAGGUGCAGUUUUUAGUGUGGACUACAACGAUGAACUUGAUGUUCUUGUCAGUGGUUCUGCAGACUUCACUGUGAAAGUGUGGGCCUUGUCAACAGGAAUGUGCCUGAAUACACUUACUGGACACACUGAAUGGGUCACUAAGGUGGUUUUGCAGAAGUGUAAAGUUAAAUCUCUUAUGCAUAGUCCUGGAGAUUACAUUCUUUUAAGUGCAGAUAAGUAUGAAAUCAAGAUUUGGCCUAUUGGAAGAGAAAUAAACUGUAAAUGCUUAAAAACCCUGUCUGUAUCUGAAGAUCGCAGCAUCUCGCUGCAGCCCAGACUGCACUUUGAUGGUAAAUAUAUAGUGUGCAGUUCAGCUCUAGGAUUGUACCAGUGGGACUUUGCCAGCUACAAUAUUCUCAGGGUCAUCAAACCUGCUGAUUUUGCAAACCUGUCCUUGCUGGGCUUUGGAGACAUAUUUGCCCUACUGUUUGACAACAAAUACUUGUAUAUAAUGGACUUGAGGACAGAAAAACUGAUUAGCCGCUGGCCCCUGCCGGAAUAUAGGAAGUCAAAGAGAGGUUCAAGCUUUUUGGCUGGAGAAAUGUCUUGGCUAAAUGGACUAGAUGGCCAAAAUGACAUGGGUCUGGUUUUUGCCACCAGUAUGCCAGACCACAGUAUUCAUUUAGUAUUGUGGAAAGAACAUGGCUGAAGAUGUCGCAAGCUAUUCAUGAGUCUGGGACUGGAAGCAGCGUGUCCAUGAAAGAAGAUUUUGCAUGAACCAAAGUUGCACACCUAAUGGUAUCAUCAUGCAAUGCACAAUCAUUUACCAUUUGUUUUCUAGGGCAUUUGGGAGAGAUGAGCUUGUUUUGACGUAACACAGCACAGCAUGCUAACAAUAUUUGCCACUGAAUUUCAUCUGUACUCUUAUUUGGAUUUUCUUGACAAAGUAUAGAUUAUAAAAUUUUAAAAUCA